UGGCUCUGUGCGCCUCGGUCGCGUGUGGCCGCGAGUCUUGGCGCGAUGGCCAUGCAUGCAUCCAUCCAUUGGCUUGCUGCGCACGGCUUGCACGGCCUGCACGGCUUGCUGCCCGUACCAGUGUUGGCAUUCUCCUCGACCAGGUAGUUGCGAACCCGCACCAGCGCCGGGGAUCGUGCCGGACCAAGCCCCUGGGAAAGGCGAUGCUACCUUGGACUUGCACACAGACGCCCAGCCCUUUGAGUCCUGGCCCCCCCGACUUCCCAUAUCCUUGGGGAACCUCGCGCAUGAGGCCAUGAGGCGUUCUCUGCUUCUUGACAUACUUCUCUCAUCUCCCUCAUCGGUGGCCUACUCCCACGGCUACUUGCAAGCUCGAGGUUUGAGUAGAAAUGAAGACUGCAAGCUUCAUCCUCGCCCUCCUUCACAUCCUCACCGCGGCCGUGGCAGCCGAGCCAUCCCUCGCCGAAGCCGUUGCAGAGUUACCAAGCUGUGCUCUCAACUGCCUGGUCACAGCCAUAUCCGCCUCGUCUUGUACCCUGGCCGACUUGCAUUGCACAUGCUCCAACGCGAGGCUCAACGCCGAGGCCGAAGCAUGCGGUCUUGCCAAUUGCUCCACCAGGGAGGGCCUGAGAGCAAAGAACAUAACAGAGGCACUAUGCGACAACAAAGCCCCGAGGGACGAGAGCCUCGUCCCGGUCUUUUCAGGGUUUCUUGCUCUUGCCGGAGUUGCAGUCUUCCUUAGGCUUGUAGCCCGAUACGUAACUCUGUGUUACUUCUGGUGGGACGACCUCUGUAUAUUCCUCGCCUUUGCGGGCUGCGCCGCCUUCGCCGCGACAAACAUCAGUGCCGCGGCCCUCGGGAUGGGCACCGACGUCUGGGACGUCCCCUAUGACUAUAUCACGUGGCUUCUGCUAAUAUUCUGGGUCAACAUGGGCUUGUACGCCGUGACGAGGGGCCUGAUCCGCGCCUCCAUCAUCUUUUUCUACCUCCGUAUCUUCCCGCGAACCUCCAACUAUACGACCUACUGUUUCGUCUAUUGGACGGGGGUCCUCAACGCCGUUCACAUCACGUCUUUCACUCUUGCCGUUAUUCUGCAGUGCCAGCCUACACGUUUCUUCUGGUACCAGUGGGACAAGCAGGAAUCUGUACGGGGUCAUUGCGGGAAUGCCAACGCCCUUGCGUGGGCGGCUGCCGGGGCUGGAAUAGCCCUGGACUUGUGGCUCAUUGCACUUCCUUGGCCUGGGAUCUGGAAGUUGAAUCUCAGCUGGAGGAGAAAGAUGUUCGCGGGCAUCAUGUUGACUGUCGGCCUGGCAUUCUUCGUCGUCAGUCUUGUGAGACUGAAAACCAUCAAUAACUUCACAACAACUAUCAACCCCAGCAGAGACUUCGUCGAGGUAGGGAUCUGGUCUGGGAUUGAGAUCGACAUCGGCGUGGUUUGUCCCUGCCUUCCAUCGAUCCGCAUUUUGAUCGCGCGCUAUGCGCCACGUUGCUUGGGCAUUGGGAGCAGUGCAGGUGAGGAGUCAGACCAACCGAGCCGGCCGUCGGCACAGAGCAGGAGUAGGCAGAAGAGGAGGCUCCGCAAGCGUAGCUAUGUCAACUUCGACGUGGAUGAAGAUGGUGGUGGUGGUGGCAGCAGCCGCAAGUCGAUGCUUCUUACAGCCUCCACCCCCGCCGACAGCACAUUCUUGGACGGCAGUAGAAGCCCCUUGGACCAGGGGGAAAUCCGGCUUUCCACAUUUCGAAGGAAUAGCGUGGAGUCCAAGGUCUGA